CUUCACCCAAUUAAAGUCACCGCGUUUUUGAUGAACAUAGGGACCACUUCAGUUGGGGCACUUCGUCAAACUAAAACUUUAACCGUCCCGGCCGAUGAAAAUGCCGGUGAAACCAAGAAAGAAAGCUCAGUCCAAGGAAAAAGCAGCAAUUAUUGAAGUUUUCAAUGUGCAUGUCAUCUUUCCCAAUCAAGAUAGAUAUGAUGGGGAAUGCACAAGGACCGAAGAUGGUGCACUAGAGAGAAAUGGAUUUGGAACUCAUACAACACACAAUGGUAUAAUAUACACAGGCCAAUGGAAAAAUGACAAAAUAAAUGGCACUGGAAAACUGGAGCAUCCAUCAGGUGCGAUAUAUGAAGGAGAAUUUAAAGACAACAAAUUCCAUGGGACAGGCACCUACACAUGGCCAAAUCAGUUCAAAUAUAUUGGAAGCUUCCAUGAGAACAAAUUGGAAGGGGAAGGCAAGUUCAUAGAUUCAGAAGGUUAUGAAUGGGUUGGCACAUUUCAUAACAGAGCUGCACCAGCUCUCAAGUUGAAAAUGGAUAUGUAAUCCCUGAACGGAUGAAACUUGUUCCUGGAAUGUUGGCAUUUGAUUUUUAAAGUACUUUUUA